AUGGAACAGACUCCCGAGCCCAGUGUCCGAGUGAGUCAAAAGGAUAGCUCCUUGGGCGGCAGACACGGCAAGGUCCGGCGCCGCAUCCACCCCCAGAACUGGAACAAUGGACGCAAAAACAUCAGUCGGGCUUGUGAUCUCUGCAAAAGGUCUGUAGAAUUGGGUCUUUCCCCGGAGAUUCUGGAGAUACACUCUGCUGAGAAAAUCCGCAGAAAAAAGAUCCGGUGUUCCGGCAGUCAGCCUUGUGCUCGAUGCAUUCAACAUCGUCUUCCUUGCGAGUACAAUCUUCCUCAUCUUCGAGGUCGACACCCACACUUGCCACGCCCACCUGAUGGUUUAUCGAGUGUGACUACAGGUGAUGAUGAGUCUGUCGAAAGAGCCACAGGGCUUCUGCUGCCGCCCGAGGCUACAGCCAUAGCUGAGGUCUCGCCGAGACAUUCACCGUCGAGAGGGGUGAUCAAUGAUGACAGUCAAUAUCUCGGACCAACAGCUGGAGAGACCUUCAUCAGCCGGUCCUGGAGGCGUAUUCGUCGGGACCACUAUAUGACUCGAUUCUCACCAAGCCAUACGGGAACAUUGUCUCCAGAGGCCGACUCCAACAAUCGGCAUGUCGAAUCCUCUGCUCAUCCAGCUGUUGUCCUCCCUCAGAUCACUCAUCAACAAGCUACGGACUUAGUCCGCUUUUACUUCGAUGUGGCAGUCGUUUCAUAUCGCUUUCUCAAUAGCAAGUCGGUCCUCGGCUGGGUUGAUGACCUCUUUGCUGGAGAUUCGGCCAUCUCGGAGAGCUAUCGUCAAACGCUCGGCCCGUAUAAAGCGUCCAUAUUGUUCAUGUUAUUUGCCACAUCUCUCCACUAUCAAGAAAUAUCUGGAGAGGCUGUAAUAUCUGGAUCGCGAAUGAGCAAGGCUUUUCUCACCGCAGGGCGGCAGUCAUUGAAGAUGCAGAAGCAUUACCAUCGACUGGAAACAGUCCAGGCCCGGCUUGCGCACAGCAUCUACCUCCUUGCAACAUCCAAGCUCGAGGCGAGCUGGUACGUGCUUGGCCGCACAGUACAGAUAAUGACGGCUCUAGGAAUGCAUCGGAAAGGCCAUGAGCACCCAUCCUCUUUCCGCACAGAAAUUCAAUCCAUCCGACGUUGCUUUUGGACAGCCUAUACCUUGGACCGAUAUGUCAGCAUCAUCUUGGGUCGUCCACGACUCAUUUUCGAUGACCUCUUCGACCAGCCUUUUCCAGAGCGGAUUGAUGACGACUACCCCGAACUGACAUUCAGCGAUUGGGCUGCGACACCCAAUUUCGGGUUGGAUUGCCGUAUAGAAAGCGCAGCCGACUGCUCACUGGAUGGACCAUACUUUACACACAGGCUCGCACAGAUCAUGGGCGAAAUCUCAUUUGACAUCUAUCCGUUGAAAGGCAUAGCAAGGGAGCCACAGGCCGAGAAUUCUGCAAGGCUCACGGCCAAGUUGAUGGAUUUCUGGAGAGGACUUCCACCCUCGCUGGGAGAGGUCCAUCCAGAUAGCCUGUCACCGAGCCUGCGGCGACGAACCAUCGAGCUGCGGAUUUCGUGCAAUCAUGCCAUCGUCCUUGCCAACCGACCAUUCCUCUUGGGCAAAUCUGAUGCCGAUGACCAGGGCCUUGAUGAUGUGACCCAUUCGCACGACGACAAGGUGGAGCGAGCCGUCCGUGCAGCAUGCACGGUGGUGAAUUUGUGGGACAAAGGCACCGAGGAAGGAAGCGUGUUUGGUGCCUUUUGGAUCAUCCAUCACGCUGUUUUCUCGGCGGUCUCUGUUCUGUAUCUAUAUAUCAUUUUCAACUCUCGCCGGGGCACGAGGGCGGCGCAGCGACUUUCGGAAAGUGAGGAAGAAGUGUUCCUUUUCGCUCAGCGAGGUCAACAGCACCUCGCAGCAGCAGCCAGUGUCAAUCGCAUGUGUGUCAGAUACUCUUCAAUCCUGGAGGAAUUGCGACAAGAAGCCAUGAAGCAGAUAUCCACGUCAGCACUGGCAGUGCCCUUUCUUGUGGUCGGCGACUCCCAACCCCUCGAAGCCUCCUCUCCGGGUAACACCAACAGGAUAGGUACCGGGCUGGGUACAGAUGUGCCGGAUAUUACGUCUGAUGAGCAAUUCAGAUCUACCAUGUAUGCUGCAGGGGACGGGGAACUGAUUGGUGACUGGUCCAUCUUCGACUCUCUGAUCUCCUUCGAUCCUGACGUUAUGGCCAUACAACCCAAUGAUCCGACCCAUCUCCUUGGCCCCGAGGCACGACCUGAUACAAAGUGA